AUGUUGGCGUGUCGCUCCCUGCUGCUCAGCUGGGUGCUGCUCGCCGCCAGAGUCCGAGGUCAGAGCUGGAGACCCUGCACAGACCUGCUGCCUCUCGACCUGCUGGCCCGAGCUCUGCCACGCCCAGGAGAAGCCCCGCCCCCUCAGGUGCAGAUGGUACAGUCCAAAGGCUCCAGAGGGCUCCGAUUGGCCGGCACCGUGGCAACAGCGCUGAGUUUCCCCGCCUCCCAAAUCUUCAGCAACUGUGACUAUUUCCCUGCUGAGUUCUCAUUGGUCGCCACCAUCAAGAUACCGAGACUGAGACAGAAGAGGAACGAGUACAUUUUCUCAGUGGUGGACGAGAGCUCUGAUUUGCUGUUGCUAGGGUUACGGGUCUCAGAGAACCGCCUCCACUUCCUGGUCACGCCCCCUGGUUUUGGUGGGCGGAGCCGGCUCAGCUUUAAGGAUGUUGGACUGGAUGAUAACAGCUGGCACACUGUGGUGCUCGCCAUCACCGGACCGUACGCCACACUGACCGUCGACUGUGGAAUUCCUCUGGAGCUUAAACAGGUGCGGUCAUUCCCCAGCGCUCUGAGCACCAGAGGCUCCAGGUUCUUCAUCGGCAGCCGCAGGAGGACGAGGGGAUGCUUCUCAGGUUUACUGCGUCAGCUGGUUCUACUUCCUGGCUCAGAUGUCACGCCCAGACUGUGUCCGAACUCUGACCCCAGCCUUGCUGAGUUGUCCGUCCCCCGGGCUCUAAAGUCCGCCCCUCUGCUGCCGGACGGCCUCGGAGCCAUUUACCCGUACGAGGCGGAGGCCCGGGUGACUCUGGGGAGUCCUCCUCCAUGUUCAGGACCAGAGGUCGGCCAGCUGUGGUUCAACGCUCAGAGGAAAGGCCUGUUCAUCUGUGACGGACUCACCUGGAGGACGCUGCUGCACAAUCCGGAGCGUCUGGACUACGUGGAGGACUACCAGGAUCUGUACACUAGCUCAGAGACCUUCGACGUGGAGGUCUUCUCCAUCCCGUCUGAGGGCCUGUUCAUGGCUGUAGCCAACAGGGACUCUCGACCUGGUUCGGGUAUCUACAGGUGGAGAAACGGGUCGUUCCAUCUCUACCAGAACAUCAGCACUCAGGAGGCUCGAGCCUGGAAACACUUCACCAUCGACGGCCAGAGUUUCCUGGUGGUGGCCAAUUCCCGGGAGGCGGAACCUGAGCUGUCGGUCAUCUACCGGUGGAACCUGCGGCGGCGGCGUUUCCUGCGUCACCAGACGCUGCAGACUCACGCCGCUCUGGACUGGGAGGCCUUCAGCAUCCAAAACACCAGCUUCCUGGUGGUGGCCAAUCACAGACGAGCCAGAGACUCCAACCACAACAUCCACAGUGUCCUCUACAGGUGGAACCCAAACACUCAGCAGUUUGAGGUGAACCAGACUCUGUCCACGUCCGGAGCGUAUGACUGGGAGUUCUUCUCCGUUGGACCGUACCACUUCCUGGUGGUCGCCAACACGUUUGACGGUCGGACAACCUCCAUCAUGUCCACUGUCUACGUCUGGGUGGACGGAUGUUUCCAGACCUUCCAGAGCAUCCCGACGGUGGGAGCGACAGACUGGGAGACGUUUGAGAUGGACGGCAGGUUCUUCCUCGCCGUGGCCAACAGUCAGAAGGUGUCGGAGCGCGGCCCGAGUCUCUACAGCAUCAACUCCACCGUCUACGAGCUCAACACGCUCACACAGACCUUCAUCCGCUUCCAGGACAUCCUCACGCACAGCGCUGUGGACUGGGAGUUCUUCACCGUCGGAGACGACAGGUUCCUGGUGGUGGCCAACUCUCACGACGGCAGCUCGUACUCUCUGAACAGCGUGGUGUACAGGUGGCAGGGCUACGAGGGCUUCGUCCCCGUCCACAGUCUGCCCACCUUUGGCUGCAGAGACUGGGAGCACUUCAGCACCGCCGAGGGCUCCUUCCUGGUCUACUCCAGCGCCACAUCCAGGCUCAGCAAGGUCUUCAGACUCAGGACCUAUUGACAGAGACCAGUCCUCCUGCUGCUCCUCAACACUCCUG